AUGACCAGACCAUUUGAACCAGACGUCCUACCUGAUGGUAGCAAGGAAUCAAAUCCCGAAGAUGAGCCUUAUGGUCCUUGGAGUCGUGGUCCAAGUCCAUCGCGUUAUGGUCCAAAGGGUCUCUAUAGAUACCCUCUAUUGGGACCUCGUGGAUGGGUACCCCGUGGAUGGCAACCAUAUUGGAGACCGUGGGGAACAAUGCCAAGGAGCCAAUAUCCAAGAUACCCAGAUACUAACGUAGAAGCCAGUACAAAGUCAACAGAAGAUAAAAGUGAACUUAAUUCAUGGGGACCAGAUCAGUGGAAAUCAUUGUACACAGGUGAAGGGGAAGAUCGUCUUCAGGAUUUUUCAGCAAUAGAUGAUGAACCAUUGGGUUCAUACCGCCCCGAAAUCAUACCUUACUGUGAUGACACAGAUGUCGUUGAAACACUGGAGGAUGAAACACCACAAUUAGAUAAUUACAAUGCGGUCAACAAAGAUGAUCCAUCAGAGAUUAACGCAUCUGAGAAAAUUAACGAACCAUCAAUAUAUGAAGACUCUCAGAAAGAUGAAAGUAAACUUGAUUCACGGGAACCAGAUCAGUGGAAAUCAUUGUACACAGGUGAAGUUUGGCCAGCAAUAGAUGAUGAACCAUUGGGUUCAUACCGCCCCGAAAUCAUACCUUACUGUGAUGACACAGAUGUCGUUGAAACACUGGAGGAUAAAACUCCCACGCCCAAUACAGUCCUUAAAGUCCCCGAUACUGAAAUAAAAGACAACCCUGUGAUCGAUAAAACUUCACAUACACCCACACCAGAAUCAGAUGAUUACAAUGCGGUCAACAAAGAUAAUCCAUCAGAGAUUAACGCAUCUGAGAAAAUUAACGAACCAUCAAAAUAUGAAGACUCUCAGAAAGAUGAAAGUAAACUUGAUUCACCGGAACCAGAUCAGUGGAAAUCAUUGUACACAGGUGAAGGGGAAGAUCGUAAUCAGGAUGAUUCAGCAAUAGAUGAUGAACCAUUGGAUACAGCUCCAACAGACGGACGGCCAAUAAUCAAUCCAGUUAAUUCAGGAGCAGGUAGUCAAACUGUGACCAUCGAUGAUAGAACAGCCAUAGAUAGAUUAACCUGGAUUACAAACACCAAUGUAAACACCGGUAUUGUUCAAGGUUCACAAGAUAACAUGAAAAUAUGUUGUUGCUAUGAUAGUUAUGCCCAAAUGCCACUUUGUCUGAAACAACGGCUUGGAUGA